CUGCUGUCGGCCAUCGCCAGCGCGCUGCACACCAGCGCCGCGCCCAUCACCGGCCAGCUGUCGGCCGCCGUGGAGAAGAACCCGGGGGUCUGGCUCAACACGGCCCAGCCGCUCUGCAAGGCCUUCAUCGUCACCGACGAGGACAUCAGGCACAGACAGGAAACCGUUACCGUCGGCCGUAACCGCUCAGACCGGAGCACAGAGCCAGGGUUUCUCCUUUCCUUCAGGCAGAGACCGUGA